UUGUGACGCGCUGCAGGUCAGAGUUCAUGGUGGGGAAACAUGGCGGCCUCCAGAGGAGCUGUGGUGUUAAAGACAGUGAAGAAAAUCGUUGUACAGUUUUGCCCUUUUGAAUCCAAUGUUCGCGCCACACGAGACUUUCUCAUCUUGGUUGGCUCAGAAAAGGCCAGGGCAACAAACAUGAACUGUGAAGUUAAAGCAGAAGUGAAACAUGACCAGUCAGAGCCUAUGAUCGACAUAACAUUCAUGGAUGGUGAGAAGUUAGUGAUGAAAGGAGCCAAGUUGACAAGCCAGGAGAUGCUUUCUGCCCUACAGACCCGCUGCAUUGCUAAAGACCCUCAGGCUAAAGCCACAGCGAAGAAGUAGAUGUGUAUUUGUAUAUGCUUUGUGUAUAUUUAUUAACUUUACAUUAAAUAAAUCUGUCUUAAACUACAGAAUUGUCUUUCAGUUGUAUACAUGGUCGGUUUUGAAUUAUUUGUUAUAUAACAAAUAUUAAAGUUGGUAUUGUAUAAAAUGUAUUAAAUCAAUGACCAGACCACAUGGCAUAGCAG